AUGUACAUGAAGCAACCACCGGGGUACGAGGACCCUACAACACCUGUGCAUGUGUGUCAUCUUCAACGAUCUAUUUAUGGCUUGAAACAGGCACCACGGGCUUGGUUCAAGCGUCUUCAUGAUUUUCUCUUGUCUACAGGUUUUAAGUCAUCUAAAACCGACGUCUCCUUGUUUUAUUAUGCUGCUGGUGACUCACGUGUGUUUUUAUUGGUCUACGUCAACGACAUAAUAAUGAUGGGUAAUGAUGCUAAACUAGUGACUACGCUUCUCCAACGUCUUUCCACUACGUUUAAGAUUAGGGAUCUAGGGUCUCCUGGAUUCUUCUUGGGUAUUGAGACGAUUGUGUCAGGUGACGGGUUUAUUCUAUCUCAACAUCGUUAUAUGACAGAUCUCCUAGGACGAUCAGGGAUGUCCGAUUGCAAACCUCUCAUUACACCGGCUGCUGUCACUAAAUUAGUAACACCGUCUGAGGGACUAUUUGAGAACCCGAUGCAGUAUCGUCGUAUUGUUGGAGCGCUACAGUACUUGACUAUCACUAGGCCCGACUUGGCGUAUGCAGUCAAUCGGCUAUGUCAGUUAAUGCAUUCACUGACGGUUGAUCAUUGGGCUCUUGUGAAACGGGUCCUGUGUUACAUCAAGGGGACUCUCGACUUCGGCCUGCGUCUCGCACCAUCUUCCUCGACCAGUAUUCAUGCCUUUUCUGACUCGGACUGGGCUGGCUGUCCAGUAGAUAGAAAGAGCACCAGUGGUUUUGCGGUUUAUCUAGGGACCAAUCUCAUUUCUUGGCUGUCCAAGAAGCAGCGCACUGUUGUCCACUGA